AGGUUGCGCCUUCUUCCGGAUCCCAAUAUGGCUGCAGUGCACGCUGUGAAGGUUAUGGAGGAUAUGGCUGUUUCUCUUGGCUUCUAACUCCAUUGUCCCGACCUGAUACCCCUGCUGAACACAAUUACAAUCAUGCACAUAAGUCCACGCGGAAUGUGAUAGAAAGAUGUUUUGGUGUGCUGAAAUCUAGGUUUCGGUCUCUGGAUAAGUCUGGUGGCCUUUUGUAACAUGUGUUUGCAACAACAUCUGCCACAUGUUGAGGAGGAGGAGGAGGAAGAAAGCAGCCAGCAAGCAGAGGAAUUAGAGACAUCUGGUGAUACUUGGAGUACAGAUGUAGGGAGGCAGGUUAGGCAAGAGCUCAUCACUCGCUAUUUCUAAGGAUAUGAGAAUGAUUGGAAUUUAGAAAAAGUAAUGAUUAGAAAAAAUCAAGUGGUCUGUUUACUUCCUGCUAACAUGUAUGUGCGGCUCCAUCAACAUUUCCCUCCUCCAAUACCCAAAAAAAAUGUUUGAUACUCACAAUCAAGAUGAGGGGAGUGUGGAUGACGUCUUGGAGGUUGGAAUUAUUGGUGGGUCUGGACUGGAUGAUCCUGAUAUUUUGGAAGGCAGAACUGAGAAGUAUGUUGAUACACCUUUUGGCAAGCCAUCAGAUGCCUUGAUUUUGGGAAAGAUUAAAAAUGUUGAAUGUGUGCUGCUUGCAAGGCAUGGCAGGCAACAUACAAUCGCUCCAACAAAUGUUAACUUUCGUGCAAAUAUUUGGGCUUUGAAGAUGGAAGGAUGUACUCAUAUCCUGGUGACCACAGCUUGUGGAUCACUGAGAGAAGAGAUCCAGCCUGGAGAUAUAGUUAUGAUUGAUCAAUUUAUUGAUAGGACCACUAAAAGACAGCAAACUUUUUAUGAUGGAACACCUACCUGUUUAGCUGGUGUGUGUCAUAUUCCUAUGGCUGAACCUUUCUGUGACAAAACUAGAGAAGUUUUGAUAGACAUUGUUAAGAAACUUGGCAUAAAGUGCCACUCAAAAGGUACAAUGCUCACCAUAGAGGGCCCACGGUUCAGCUCCAGAGCGGAGAGUAACAUGUUUCGUCUCUGGGGAGCGGAUGUCAUUAACAUGACCACAGUUCCUGAAGUAGUUCUUGCAAAAGAAGCUGGUAUCUGUUAUGCAAGUGUUGCAUUGGCGACUGACUAUGACUGCUGGAAGGAACAUGAAGAAGCUGUAUCUGUGGAUAAAGUGUUGAAGACAUUAAAAGAAAAUGCCAAUAAAGCAACCAGUAUACUUUUGACUGCGAUACCUCAGAUAGCGGCGAUGGACUGGACAGACACUAUUCACAACAUGAAGAGCACAGUACAACUUUCAGUCAUGCUGCCAAAACAUUGAUCUCAGGGGCAGGAGAGAACAGUUCCUCAUCAAGGUGAAAUCUAUAUGCCAGCAACAAAGGAGCAAAAGAAAACAGCAACGUCCAUAUGUUCAUGAAGCAUGACCAAAGAGGCUGUUUUACCAUAUACCAGAUGAUGUCCAUGCUCUGUCUACUCAGAAUUUAUUACUGGUGCAAUUUCUGUUGCAACAUGAUAUGAGUGUGGAUAUAUACACUAACUACAAAUACAAUAUAUGAAGACAGAUUGCUGCCUUUCUGUACAAAACUACUUGAAAAUAGAAAUGUGCUUUUGCUAAUGUAAUGCCUUAUUAGAAUGCCAAUAUAACUUGAGAACAUGUACCCCUGUAUCUAAAUAAAACAUUUCUCUAAGACUCA